GUCCAGUUGAAGACCUAAAGCAAAGACGGCAACAGUUGUGGCCCAUGUCCUGGUUAUAUCAAGGUGUAGUGAUUCAUGAAACACUGGAUUCAGCCUCGGUCCACUCCUCGUGAAUCUCCACCAAACUUGUAAAAGCGCUUUGCUUCAAGGCUAGUCUCAACAUGGCCACACCAGUGCCUGUGCUUCGUCUACCAAAAGGUCCUGACCCAAACAGCCGUGGGUUCGACCCGAACUCUCCUCGCUUCAUCGCCCUGUGCCGCACGUCCAUCCCCACUUCAGCCGCGGCGGAGUCGGACCCCCAGCAGCUGCAGGAGGAGCAGCACGCACGUUCGGUGCUGAGAGAGCGCUUCCUGCGCUGUCUGCUCGCCAUGUCCAACAAGAAGGUUCGGUUUCACAUGCACGAGAAGGUGAACGUCGAGGCCACGUUUGGGGCGUCGGACAUCGACGUGCUGAACUUUCAGGUGUCCGACCUGCACACUCCCAUCGGGGUGCAAAAAGAGGCCCUCAUCAGAAGUCAGGAUGUCAUUUCAUUUACAUUUGAUGUAUGACACUUUGGGCCCGAAUCCCAUGUUUGAUCUUGCCGAUGGUCUUCUCACUUCAGGAUGAUAUUGUUGCACAAUAUCUUUACAAAAGUAACUGUUUACGUGCCACCACAAGAGGGAGCCAUUGAUUUGUCAUGAAAGGUAUUUUUAUACCUUUAGAUCAGAAACCAAGUGCUGAACUUGAUGCUGUCUGCUGGGAGUUUUAUAGUAUUGCAGUUUUAUUCACAGUUUGAUUCUCAGUCCUUCAGUUGUCAUCUGCUUCCUGACAUGCUGCCUGAUAUUAACAACAUCUCGCCUAAAUGGCCACAUUUCCAUCAUCUUCUGACGUGCAACAAGUGUUUCUUUGUUUCUAUUUCUCACAUUUUCUACAUUCAUGUUCUUUGUAUUUACCCAUUUUUGUACCAUGUUGAAACAUAAUUUUGUUCAAAUGUGGUUUUGAAUACGUUACAUUUUGAGAAAAGCGAAAUAAAAAUGACUGCAUACAAACAAAACCUCAGCUAAUUU